CUGUCGGGCCCUCGCCAUGGUCGGCCCUGACGUCGUAACAUAUGUCGAAUGUUUACAUGCGCUGUCUGCGGCUCGCUUCUUCCGCCCAACCCGCCAGUACACCUACGCGCUUGUACGGGUUUGUUUCAUGCGUUUCUCGGGCUCCUCGGGAGCGAGUACAACAACGACGACAACAGCCAGAGUCGGGUAGGGGAGCGUGAUCUCUGCGGGAGCAUACGCGUUGUAAAACGAGGGUGGACAAGAGCGAGGGACAAAAUUCAUUGAAGUCGCGCGAUCGCGAUCGUCGUGACGAUGGGUAGCUACGCGAGCAGAAUCGCGUCGAUGUCGAACCUGGCAGUGCACAACGUUUACCGUGGCUGUAAGCGCAAGUACAUCGAGGAGUACGACUGCGAGUCCGAGUCCGAUUACAUCGAGCGGACGCUGCACACGCCGAAAAAGAGAAAAUUGCUCACAACGGCGCAGUACAUAUACAAGACUCUGUUCCAAGAGGAGAAAGGCAGUGACAUAACUGUCCUCAUACUCGGACGCGCAUGGAGAUUGCAUAAAGUUUAUAUUAGUCAGAGUCCAUAUUUUGCUAGUAUGUUUUCUGGUUCUUGGAGAGAGGCUAAUGAAAAAGUGAUUACCAUUGAAAUCACGGAUCCUAAUAUUACGAUAAAUUCAUUGUCUGUGGUACUCGGCUCGCUGUAUCAGGAUGAAUUCAGUUUAGAGCCGAAAGAUGUUGUUUCCAUUCUGGCAACAUCUACCUUAUUUCAGUUGCAAGGCUUAAUAGACGAGUGUGUAGACAUAAUGAUAGAAACUACAAAUAGUGAAACUGUUGUAUCAUAUUAUAAUGCAGCUGUGUCAUAUGGUGUGCCUACUGUGAAAGCAGCUGCCAAACGAUGGCUGGAAGUCAAUCUAUUGGGUUACGCAUGGCGACAUCCAUCCUUUCUGAAAGAAAUCACACCGGAGCUCAUGAUGGAAUUGGUUACCAGUCCCGAUUUAGUUGUCUUGCAAACAGAGUUUUGUAUAUACAUGAUGUUACGCUUAUGGUUAUUUACACAUACGCACAUAUGUGAAGAGACAAUGAAAAUGGAUGAAUACUUUAAAAAUCGUAAAUGGACCGAGCCAUUUUUAACGACUGAAGAAGGCAAGAAGUACGCGGCACCUUUCAAAGCACUACGGAUGAAAUAUUUGCUGUUACAUGAACAAGAUGAUAAAAUCUUGUACAGUGAUAAUUUAAUACCACCAGACUGGUUGCAUAGUGCUUACAGAGAACAGUGGCUUCACUUGUUAAGAGUGGAUGGAAAUAAGGAUAGAGGUCCGGCGAAAAUGACGGAAGAGGAAUUUUCCAAAGAAUGCUUUCGGUGUGGUAGAUGUGUUGAGAAGCCAGGUGAACACAUCUGGAGAUGGAAGGCAUUCCAUUACGGACUAGAUUUACUAAUGACUUUAGAUACAACUAGCUUGCGGAUUGAAAGAAACCACAGACUAGACUGUGAGCAUAUCAAGGCAAAUCACAAAGAGCAUAAAAUAUUGAUAAAAGUCUGUCUAUUUUCACUGAAUGAACAACGUCAAGUGAAACAUGUCCAAGAUUCGCGUAUGCUGAGAUUACGUUUGAGAAGGAAUACAGAACAUGAGAUAAUGACCUUGGACAAACAGUUAUGUUAUCCCUUGUACAUAUCGGUCAACAUGCAACUAGUCACUCCACUCGCAGUAGGAGAAGAGGACACAUCGACCGACAUACUUUCGGAUACUUAGCAGUUCGAGAAUGGAAAUGGUCGAACGCUCUUCCGUCUUCCUAUCAGCAAAGAGUUUUCUUCGAUUCUGGUGCCUUUUUAAUAUCUACUAAAAAGGGCGAAACACUAAUGCGUGUAAACAAACUAACUUUCUUAAUACGCAUAAAAUAAUAAAUUUUGUAGUAUUUUCUUUUGUAAAAGGUUUUCCUACUAUGACAACUGUUCGGUAAAAUUAUAAUAAAAAUGUAAACACGUACUUUAUACGAUUUCUCAUGUAUAUACCUAUCUUCAUAAAACAAUCUUUCUCAUUUGUAUACACACCAGAAAAAAAAUUAGUUUCCAGUCAAUAAUCAUUAGGUUUGUUCUUUUUUCACAUCCUAUAAUUGAACUUCAUAGUUUAUCUUUUCUCUUUUUCAAAAAUAAAAUUUUGAACCCAGACCAAAUAAACGAGCUAUUUUUAUAACAAAUGUCAAGUUAUUAAAACUUUAAAAUUGUAUUCCAAUAUCUAGACGGAACGUUUCGAUUUGGUUCUCAUCAGUCGUCAGUUAUAAAUGAAUUAGAUUCUAAUAAAAAACUCAGAGAUACAAAAAAAUAUUAAAAGAUUUUCUUUUUCUUUCCAAUGUGAAAAGAAAAAGAGGAGAAAAAUGACCGCAAGAAGUUCAACCCUGGGGUAUAAAAAAAAACCAAGCCAUUAUCUCGUAUAUAAGUAAGAAUAUAACGUCUUGAAAGAAAUGAUAAUCUUAAGCAGACGUAAUAAUUCACACGAGGAAAUUGUCUAGGAAAUUGUAUAAUUUAAAAAAAUAUAUAUAUUUAUUUUUAUGCAAUAAUUUUUAUGAGUUGAGAGGAAAAAAAAUUAAAUGGGAAAUGACAAUAUCUUUAAACCAAGGAAUUUCAAUUUUUAUAAUACUAAAAUAAAAUGAUCAUGUCGUGCUCUUUAGAUAAUUAUUAUAACAUUGAAAUUAAAAAAAUCUAUUUUUUUGCUGAAAUUUAAAAUUAAUAUUAAAAAAAAAUUUUAUAUUCUUGCCACAAUGAGACAAUUGUUGGCUCAAUAUUCAUUUUUUUGAAGCUCUGACGUUAUUACAAAACUUAAAGAGGGAGGUGUCAUCGCGUGGUAAUUUACGCGAGGGACGCUUGCUACUUUUAUUAAUCGUUCAACACUUUAUUAUUGGCAGAAUACUCUUUCUCUCUGUACAUGAUAAAUGAUAUAUUGUAAUGUCACUCAACGAUGAUCAUUACGAGCAUAUUCAAUGAGGCUUGAGAUAUACGCAUUCUUUCGAUACGUGUCGCAGGCAACGGUAUAGUUGUACGAAAAAUCUUGGAAUGUCGCAAACUCUUUUUGUAGGAGACAAUACGCUAUACAUUGAAGUCGAUUUUUCAAUCGAUGUACUGUGUCGUUAAUUUCGCACGUAAUUUGAAAUGUGACGUUUUUUCAACGGAGAGGCCUUUUACUCCCGCUUGAAAACAGCGACCUAUAACUGAAAAACUUUCAUAUAACAAUAUAUUUAAGGUGUACGCUAAAUUUUAUAUUACAAUAAUGUAAUAGCUAUGUGUCGCUACUUUCAAGAUAUGGCAGCUAUUUUUGAUAUUAGACUGCAGACUCUGGUAUCAUCAUCUAUGAUGCAGCGAUACCCAAGUAACGCACGAUUGCUACGAUCAGAUCAAGAUGAUGUCAUCUUGAUUGAGACUUGACAAAAAAUUUCACAUGUCACUUGAGUAAUCUAUAAUAGGCAAUUUUACUUUUUUUUUCCUUUUUAAUUAAUAAAAUCGAGCGAUGGAACAUUAUCUGAUCGUUCAAUAACUACAGUAUUUUUUUUUUUUUGCUCUCAGAGAAGAUUGCGAAAUUAAUGUUCGAGCCGUGUGAGAAAUAUACGCCAUGCAUUAGCACUUCCGCUAAUAUAAUUACGAUGACUGUUCUAUAUACAGUUUUCAAUGCGAUAUAUGCGUAAUUGCAAAACAUUCUCGUGUCCUCGUACAAUUUGUCAUAGCACUUGAGAUACAACGAUUUGUCAUUCCUUUCAAAAUAUAACGAACUGCAGUCGCACAGCGACAGCGUUUCCGAUCUUUUACAACAACUUACUACGCGGCUAUUGUGUUGCGACAUGUAUCAAAAAAAUACAAGUCAAUCGUCUCAACAACAAGAACUCCACGUUUCUUCCAAUCGCGUCCGGGCUGUCCCGAACGAGAGAUCGAGUGAAAUCAAUCUCGAAACGACAAAGGAGAUCAAAGAGAGCUCUUCUUGGAAGUAAAUCUCUUACUAUCGGAUUUGCUUGUCAAAUCAGUCGCGAAAGUACGUAAAUAAGCACAUCCAUCAUUGUAGAACGAUAGGAAAAAACAUAAAAUAACGUUUGAUAGUAUUAAUACAAUUAUAAAGAUAUUUUGAUCGAGCCACGGUUAUCUUGACGCUACAAACGCUUCGAGGUAUUCUUCGAUUGAUUAAUUCAUAAAAUUCUUUAUCCCGAUUGAGCAAUUAAAUGUUUCGAAGCACUUGUAGCGUCAAGGAUCACACAGCCCUUAUUUUUAUCAAAAAAGGUUGCGUGAUCCUUGUAAUUUUUCUUGUAUGUUUAAGGAAAAAUAAAAUCAUUUUUAGAAUAAGAUUCUUUCCAAUGAAAAAAUACGAUUGAUCCUGUUAGAUGUUCUUCCGGAUUAACAUAACCGAUUUUUCACGCAAAUCCGAUAACAAAAAGUUUAUCUUGUCCUAAUUAUUUUAUAACAGGGAAGAAGGGGAGCCAUGGGCACAGGAGCGUAGGACAAUCGGUUUGAUGUUCGAGUUUAAAGAUUGCAAAUUAACGAGGAUCAUGUGAUUUUAGUGUGAAUUAUACCUCGCACUCGCGUUUACUCGAUGCAAUUGUCGUUAUCGUGCCUUUUGAUCGCAGAAAGACACUGGAAAGACGAUAUUUAUAUUAAUUAACAUUUAUAAAUUUAUAACAUCUGCGACAAUUAAUGACACGAUUGAAAUUAUUCGUUUCAUCCCUGUACCCAUGUUGACUUCUCCCUUUCUUCCAUACUUUAUUCCUCCUCGUUUCCAAUCUUAUCGAUAGCAUCACGUCCGUCACGGUUGUUGCCAUACAUUUGCGCUCUAAUAAUAAUUAUUAGCGAUGUUAUUUGUAACAACGGGUCGGUAAUGUACGUAACUAACAAUAACUAUAAUAAUAAUAAUAGUAAUAGUAGUGGUAAUAGUAACCCAGAUAAGCAAACUGUUCGCAGUAUGGUAGCAGAUUCGAUCAGAAAUUAUAGCAAAUUGGCUGACGUAAUUUGACAGCGGAACCCAAGAGGGAUCUAUCGAACGCAGAUUCUGCUGGUUCUGUCGCCAAUAUGCAAUGAAACUGUGGAAUAACUCUCUUACAAAAAUUUCAAGUUCCACUAUUGAAUUUUUACAAGCCCCGUUUGCACUAAUGUAGCUUAACUUUAAAGUUAAGCUCUCUGCGAUAUCUUUUCGUAACUCUUAGAAUUAGAAAAAGAUAGAAAGUGAGUUAAACCCAGCUUAAAGUUAAGCUAACGUCAAUUCAAAUCGAUCUAAGAUAAAUGUUAACGUUUGUUUCAUUUUAGCCAGCGGUGCGAACAUCACGUUUCUCAAUGACAAAUAUUGCUAUAAUUCUGCCAGCAUUCUGCCAACAGCGGAAUGUAUGUGCCAGAUGCUGUAUCAAAUCUAUAGCCUUUUGUGCCGACGAAAUUUGUAACGAACACUUUGCAAAAUUCGUUCUCGACUUGUUGGCUGUCUCGGGGUAGUGGCGACCGUAUCAAUGACAAUAAUGGCAACAGCAGGUGGUAACAGCGGCAUUAGAGACGAUCACUUUGCAGGGCUGCUACAGUGACAUAAUUUAUAUCGAUCAAGCGCACCUACUUCACCUAAUUUUCUUUCCGUUUUUUUUUUAGAUAAACCAUCUAUCUUCUCAUUACGUGUUAU